ACAUCCCUCCCCGGACUCCUCUUCCCCUCCUUCCCCGCGCUCCUUCGGCAAGGCUUCCGGGGUUGCACGUGUAGUUGUUGUGGUUCAAUCUCACGUGGCCGCGGAAGUGCCGCGCUACUGGUCCCCCUCCAAGAUGGCGGCGCCUAGUGAAUGAGAACCUCGACUGAUAGCCUUGGAGGUGUCUGCGGGGCCAUGGACCGGCCUGGGUUCACGGCUUCGCUCGUGGCUGGUGGGGUAGCAGGUGUUGCUGUUGACUUGAUAUUAUUUCCUCUGGAUACCAUUAAAACCAGGCUUCAGAGUCCACAAGGAUUUAACAAGGCUGGUGGUUUUCGUGGAAUCUAUGCUGGCGUUCCUUCUGCUGCUAUUGGAUCCUUUCCUAAUGCUGCUGCUUUUUUUAUCACCUAUGAAUAUGUGAAAUGGUUGUGGCACACUGAUUCAUCUUCAUAUUUAAUGCCUGUGAAGCAUAUGUUGGCUGCUUCUGCUGGAGAAGUGGUUGCCUGCCUGAUUCGAGUUCCUUCUGAAGUGGUUAAGCAGAGGGCACAGGUAUCUGCUUCUUCGAGAACAUUUCAUAUUUUCUCUAACAUCUUAUAUACAGAGGGCAUCCAAGGAUUGUAUCGAGGCUACAAAAGCACAGUUUUAAGAGAGAUUCCUUUCUCAUUGGUCCAGUUUCCCUUGUGGGAGUCCUUAAAAGCCCUGUGGUCCUGGAGGCAGGAUCAUGUGGUGGAUUGUUGGCAGUCAGCAGUCUGUGGAGCUUUUGCAGGUGGAUUUGCAGCUGCGGUCACCACACCUCUGGAUGUGGCGAAAACAAGAAUCAUGUUGGCAAAGGCUGGUUCCAGCACCGCUAGUGGGAAUGUGCUGUCUGCACUGCACGGGGUCUGGCGGACACACGGGCUGUCAGGAUUAUUUGCAGGUGUCUUCCCUCGAAUGGCAGCCAUCAGUCUAGGAGGUUUCAUCUUUCUUGGUGCUUAUGAGCAAACCCGCAGCUUGCUCUUGGAACUUGGCAGAGAGCGCCCCUGAAUCGGGGACGGUGCCCCAGGCAUGGCUCUCAAGAAAGGGGGCGCCGGGGGAGGAGCCGCGUGCUCCCCCGCACUGGGCUCGUGUGUGAAGACGGGGACCGUGAGAACAGUGUCUUCCCUGCUGUCGGAUGGCUGGCACGCUCAUGUGGAACCCUGGCCACAGUGGUACUCUCAACCCUUUCUCAGGGCCCUGAAUAAAGCCAUGAGGUGAUGCUGAGUCCAGGCUGCUCAGAGCCUUCAUUUGAUCUGCCGCUGAUCUCGCAUUUCCACAGACGCUUCUGAUUCCAAUGGGGAGGCUGGACGGGGAGCAGGAAGGAAGGAGACUCCGAGGGAAGGUGGGGCCCGUAGCUGGGUGUCUCCCCGUGGUGGCGCUUAGGGCCGUCUUCUGGGCAGCCAGGCUGCUACUCUUAAUUUCCCUCAGAUUGCCCCUAAAAACACGAUUGUAGCCUUUUAGAAGCAUCCAGCAGCUCACGUGGUGUGUGCGAGAAAGCAAGCAGCUGCAGCCCAGGGCCUGGGUGGGCCUGGCUGGCUCCGGGACAGGAGGGCACGGCGGGCCCACGGGGGGCCUGGGCCAGCUGGGAGACCGAGCACGGCGUCUUCGUGCCUAGUCGGGAAGGUAUGCUGUGCAGUCCUGGAAAUGAGCCGGGAUAAAAUGGGGAGGUCACCAUUUCAGAGCUUGACUAAUAAGCUCCAGGUGUGUGUUAGAAGAAUUCAGAGAGAAAUCUCAGGAAU